AUGGUUGUAAUCUCUGAACUUUCCGGCGGCUCCAAUGGCGGUGAUCCAUACAAGAAUCCUCAAGAAGAAGAAGAAGUGAAUCUUGCUCCGAUCCCUCCUCGACAAAUCCCAGAGUUACUCAUCGCAAGAACCGUCGCACUCGUCCGGAGAAGUCAUUACCCGAGGCUAUCUCUCAUCUCCAGAACCUUCCGUUGCGUCAUCUCUUCGCCGGGACUCUACCAAAGGCGCUUGCAACUCGGCCUCACUGAACCGGUUCUUUACGCUUCGAUCCGAUUCCCUCAUGUUAGUUACAAGCCGAGCUGGUACAUUCUCACUUGUAACGUUCCAAGAAUGAUCAAAAUCACUUCGCUUCCUCCUAUGAAUCCUGGAUCUUCUGUGGUCUCAAUCGGAUACAAGAUGUAUGUGAUCGGUGGUUGGAUCGGGUUAGACCACCCUGUAUCGUCCGCGUUUGUCAUGGACUGUAGAUUCCACACGUGUGACUAUCUCCCGAGUAUGCGCAGGGCUCGCUACCGUGCAGCCGCCGGAGUCAUUGACAGAAAGAUUUAUGUCAUCGGAGGUUGCGAGGAGAAGCGUAAUGCAUAUGAUGGUUGGAUCGAAGCGUUCGAUGUAGAUAACGGGCUUUGGUGGACUGUGCCUGAUCCAUUCCCCGAGAAUUCUAAUUUGCCAGGAGGAGAGUUUUUGACAUCUGUGGUGAUGCAGAAUAGGAUUUACAUUAUGGAUGCUCUCUGUGUUUUGGUCUACGAACCAAGACAUGGUACAUGGCAGUCAUGCGUUCAUGGAUCAUCUAAGCUGAUGAAUUUUUGGAGCAACCCGUCUUGUGUGAUUGAGGAUCUCUUGUAUAGCAUUUGUCUUUUUAAACAUCCAAUAGUGGUAUUUGAUCCAGUUGAAAUGGUUUGGAGUCCUGUGAAGGGUUUAGAUGGUUUGCCUGACCUCAGAUACUCUGUGUGUGAAAUGGCGAAUGUGGGUGGGAAGCUGAUGGUUUUGGGCACUUCAAACACCACGUACAAUGAUAUUUGGUGCAUAGAGAUCACGUUAGAACGACGUGAAGGAGGUGAGAUUUGGGGGAAGGUCGAUUCAAAGGCGACUGUGCUUAUCUCCGCGACCUCGCCUUCUAUUAAUCUUUGUUGCUCUGUUACGGUUUGAUGAUC